GGUCUUCAUUAUUUAUUUUUGAUCAAAUUAGCCGCGCCUUACCAAAAUAAACACAUCACUGUAAUUUAAGUAAUGAUUAAUUUCUUCAUGAUCGAAUCAUGUCCCAAUGUGUAACUGUUGACCGAGGAUAAAACUGUGAUCACCACGUCGAAUGGACUCCAUUAAGUCAGCAGUUAACAGAGAUUUCAGCCAGGCAUGCCAGGGGACUUGGUAUUGCAGCGCGGCGUUACAUUGAGGCGCAUGCAAUGAACUCAUUUCGACUCGCAUGCCAAACAUGGCAUCAGGAACGUCACCAGACAGAUUUCCACUUGUGCCCUAUCCUUGUUUGUACAUCGAUGCUUCAUGGAAGGAUGUCCUGUCUUCGCUGCUUUACCUCGCAGAACCUGACAACCAAAGAGACAAGAUCGAAUCCGACUUGAGACACAUCUGGAGGUCCGGCAGUCCCACCAAUCAAAGCCAUCCCACCAGCCACUUUAUUUUGCCAUGUUUGUCCGUCCGAUCAGCCUUCGACCUGUUCCUCCGCGUGAAAAAGUACCCACCGGGCUCGGAGAUCCUGAUGACGGCCAUCAACAUCCCUCAGAUGCUUCACAUCGCCCAGCACCAUGGACUCCGCGUCAAGCCGCUCGACAUCAGCAUCGACACUCUAGCCCCUAAAAUCGAGCUUCUGGAUUCGCUGAUCUCCGAGAACACCGUUGCAAUCGUCAUCGCUCACGUUUACGGCCGCUGGUCCAACAUCGAUGACAUCAUCGACACCUGCCGCAGUCGUAAUCUCUCCAUCUUAGAAGACUGCGCCGAAGUCUUCUGCGGCUUCCAGAAACUCGGGCACCCGAAAGCGGAUAUCUCCUUCUUCAGUUUCGGCGCGAUCAAACCCAGCACUGCCUUUGGGGGCGCUGUUGCCAGAGUGAAGGAUCCCGAAUUAUUCAGCCAGAUGCAGGAACUGUACUACAAAUAUCCGAUUCAGAGCAGAGCUGCGUACAUCAAGAAAAUCCUCCAAAGCGUCGUUGGGAUGGUCGCGUUGAACACUCCAGUACUCAUGAGACUUAUGCUGCCAAUUUUUCAUGCCCUCGGGUUUGAUCACAAGGAAGCAGUGGUAUCCAUUCUAAGAGGAUUUUCCGCCAACUUUAUUGAUACCAUCCGCCAGCAACCAUCCACAGCAUUGCUUAAAAUGAUGCUAAGAAGAUUUCAGGGUUUCGACGAGACAGAAUUCCAAGAAGGCACAAGAAAGUGUGACUACGUCAGCGAGCGUCUUCCUCAAAACUUGGAGUACGUCGGAAUGGAUGUUGAGACAAGAAACUACUGGCUCUUCCCAAUUAUCGUGAAUGAGCCAGAGAAAGUUCUGAAAGAGUUGAACUGCCGAGGGGUGGACGCUUACCGCGGGGCAACCCAGCUGACCUGCUUAGAUCCCACUCUUGCCGACCCCAACGCGACCGAUCCUCUCCAGUUUGACCAAGCUAUGGCGCUCUACCCAGACGAGGCCCGCUACCUCAUCGAUCAUGUGAUCUACCUGCCGGUUCACAAGCGCGUGCCGUACAGCUACCUUGACAAGAUCUGUCUCGCCGUGGAAGUUGUCAUGCGAGAGACGACAUCACGUCCUUUCCCUAAGAAAAUCUGUAUCAAUGGUAAGACAGUGGUUUUGGAAAACGGACGAGUGAAAGUUGAGAGCAAAUUGUGAAACAAAAUUUAUUGUAGAAUCUACCAGAAUCUAACACACAUGUUGGGGGGGGUGUGGCCUAGUGGUUAGGGUUUGUGACUCGUGAUCAGAGGGUCAGGGGUUCAAAUCCAACUGCUGCCUAAGCUUUGUGUUCCUAGGCAAGCUGUUUUACCCCAACUUGCCUCACUCUACCUAGGAGUACAAAUGGGUAUCAGCAUCAAUUAAGGAGAAAUCUGCAGUGGACUGGCAUUUCACUUAGAUCAGGCAUGCAACUGGGAAAUCACAAAAAAAAGAGGAAAUUCAAAUUUUUCCCAGACUUUGUACAGUGUUUUUCUAUUUUCAGUGGCACACAUGUGAAGUAAAAAAAAGAGGAAAUCAGCUGAUCCGAGGAAAAGUUGCAUGCCUGUUAGAUGAAUGAACUGAUAAUUCGUAACUCUAUGCUUUGCAAAAUGAGCAAAAGAUGGUUUCAAAAAGAUAUUUUAUUUUGUGAAUGAAAAAUUGCCCAAAUGUAAUUUUUGGCUCAAAAUAAUUCCAGGAGGAAAUGGAGGUAUUCAUAAAUUGUGUGUGGCUACAUUUUGAUAAUUGAUAUUGUAAAUUUAAUUAGUGAGACGUGCCAAAACUAUUGUACAUCUGAAAUACCUAACAAAUCUGUGCGAUGCAAUUUUCUUACUAAAGUAUUUUCGAAAUUUAAUUAUCUGAAAUGUUUCCGUACAAACUGAAAGUAAUCAGUAAUCAACUCUCUGAAUACUAUUGAACAAAAAGUGCUAUGAACAAAAAAUGAGGAUCGGAUCUUCCCAAAGUGAAAAAUUAUUUGUUACUUCCGAAGACUUAAAGGUACUAAGUACUACUGUAAUUAACGAAGUACUACAUGCAAUUAAACAAUGUGCAAUUUAAUUAAACAGGUAUUUUCUGAAAUAUUUUAUCUGAAAUCUUCCUGCACGAAUAAGAAAUUAGUAAUUUUACUUUCGAAUAUAUAUUUGUAAUUGUACUUAAAUGCUUAAUAAAUUAACAUGUCGUGAGAAUACGUAUAUGCUCAAUGUUUUAAUCAUGCAAUAUUUUAAUGCAAUAAGGUGCUUACAAAAUUUGUAUUCAUUUCGUCAACGUUAAUAAUUUGAUAAAAGAUUUUAGGCUUUGCAUGGUGGAGUAUCGAUAUCGUUUCAGUUUGCGGUUACACCAUGUGGUAAUAAGUUGUGUACAAAGUACUAGCAAAUUAACCAUUUGUUAUUUAAGCACUGAUUAGAAAUCCUAGUGCCAACUUUGAAUGUGUUGAAUAUUAAAGGGAAUGUACAUCA